CCGGCGCAGAACAAUGGCGCAUUGUGUCCCCGGCCAUUCUUGUCAGUUCAGAGGGGAAGUGACCGACAGGCACACAAACUGUUUACUGACUCCGCAGCAGAAGGGCACCCAGAGCACCAGACCUCGCUAUCUGGGGGCAAGAGGUGUCACCCCCCUCCGGCUCACAGGACCAGGACAAGGCGAUGGCGGAGAUGGCCAUGGAGGUUUGAGGGUGACCGCUGCUUUAUGGCGAUGUAAGUGGAGGUCAGGAAUUGGGAUCCGUCUCUGAAGACAGAUCACAGGCUGUUCUAUCCAAAGAUGAAAGGAAUCGUCCUUCUUCUGCUUUUGUUGUUCUCUUCUGUCUCCAUUGAAGAUCCUGCGGUCUAUCGCAACGCGGACCGUAAUCAAGAUCACAGCCAUGGCUCCCAUUACCUCCUGGAUCCCAUCCACAGUGUGAUUCAAAGCACCAGAGGCGCCAACGUCACUCUACCUUGUAUCAUGAGACUUCGGCCCAGGAGCUACAGGGUGAAAUGGAGCAAGAUCAACCCUUUAGACCCCAUGGAGAACCUCAUCAUCAUCACCAACGGCAAGUACCACAAGAAUUACGACAAGCUGAAGGGACGGGCCAGAAUGAGGAGAAGCCACCGGCUUGAUGCCUCUCUGGUCAUCACCAAUGUAACCCUGGAGGAUGAGGGUCGGUACAAGUGUGAGCUGGUGAACGGCCUGGAUGACCAGAGCCUGACGUUGUCCCUAAAGCUAGAAGGAGUCGUGUUUCCAUACCAGUCCAGAGAGGGGCGCUAUCACUUUAAUUACAUUGCAGCACGACAAGCCUGCGAGGAACAAGAUGGAAGACUGGCGACUUACGCCCAACUUUACCAAGCUUGGACAGAUGGCCUUGACUGGUGCAAUGCCGGAUGGCUCCUCGAGGGCGGAGUUCAUUACCCAGUUAUUGUCCCACGGCAUCCGUGUGGUGGGGACCUUCCUCCCGGAAUACGAAGCUAUGGCCCCAAAGAUCAACUGAAGGACAAAUUCGAUGCCUUCUGCUUCACAUCAGCACUAAAUGGUCGAGUUUUCUUCAUCCAAGGCCCGAUGAACUACACAGAAGCCCUGGACGCCUGCCUGGCCCGCAAGGCCCAGAUGGCCAAGGUUGGCCACUUAUACGCCGCGUGGAGGUUCUUCGGCUUGGACCACUGCGACGGGGGCUGGUUAGUGGACAGCAGCGUCCGCUUUCCCAUCGCCGACCCUCGGGAGAGGUGCGGCGGCCUCCCCGACCCGGGGGUGAGGAGCUUCGGUUUCCCCGGGCAGAGAGAACGACUUUAUGGGGCGUAUUGUUAUGCCGCGGUUUAGGGAGCGUCUGUCCAUCAUCGUCUUUGGGAUGUCUUCACGAAGAUAUUCCGGACUUCGACAAAAUGGAGUCUACUUACCAACCAAAGCGUGGAAGAGAUAGGACCACAAAAGGACUUUUCGGCCUUCGGCCAGCAUAGCCGGGCCGCUGACCAGACUUUCCAUUCCCACUAUUUAGCAAUAAAACUUGGUCACCGACCCGCCCCCUAGCCUGUGAUUGGAUAAUGCCGGAGAGGCGGACCACUGAUGACUUCCUUACUUUCCCCUUCUCCUUCCGAAAGCAUGUUCAAACUGUGUCUGAUUGGCUCCUGGUGUUGCCCCUCCCCCAGUUAGUCUGAGAGCUGCAGUGCAGGGGGUUCCGGAACACAUUCACAUGCUUUACGUGUAUUUAACCUUUCUGAAAAUUAACCCAUAACGUGCUGCUUUUUAUAGGAUACCCACUUUAACCACUACAGCGCCGGGAGCAUUUACCCCCCUUCCUGACC